AUGCACCGGGACCUGAAGCCCGCCAACAUCUUCCUCAGCCGCGCGCCACCGCGCCGCGGUGCUGUUGCGGGCGUCGGCGGCGGGCUCCGCGGUCGCCUGCCCACGGCGGCUGGCAAGGGCGGUGGCGGUCAGCGGGGAGCUUCGGGGCUGCAGGCGAAGCUCGGCGACCUUGGGCUGGCCAGGUCCGUCUCGGGCAGUGCGGGCAUGGCCAGCACGGUGGUCGGCACGCCCCACUACAUCGCACCCGAGAUAUACGAGGGGCAGCCGUACGACGAGAAGGCUGACGUGUAUUCCUUCGGCGCAUGCGUCUACGAGCUCAUGCAUGGCAAGCCACCUUGGGCACAGUGUGAGCACGUGGCUGCAAUCGUCCGCCACGUGCUGAGGCUGGACGGGGACGCGGCGGAACACGAGGUCUUCAUGGACCCGAGCUUCUCCGCGGACCUGCGCGCCCUGGUCACGGCGUGCAUGGCACGCUCACCCAGCGAGCGCCCCAGCGCCCGAGAGCUGCUGGCCCGGGUGCCACCAGAGCUGGGCGGGGGCGCGGAAGUGGUCUCCGCCGCGGAAGGCGCCGUCGCUGUCGCCGCAGCGCCUGGGCCUGUCGUUGCUAAAGCACUACCGCCUGGGCCGCCGCCACUCUCGGCCGGCCUCGCCUUCCGCCCGCCGCCCCGGGGCGCCGCGGGCCCAGCGGCGCCGCGGCAGGAGGCCUCGGAGGUCACUAUGAGUCCGGCGGAGCUGGGCGCGGCGGCGGCGGAGGCCCUGGCGCCGAAAGGACCCGCCCCGCCUGCGGCACAGACCGAGGCUGCCGGGACGCAGGAGGUCACCCUGCGCCCCGCGACGCUGGGCGGCUGCGGCGAGAAGGACGCCUGCGCGGAGCCGCCAGCGGCAGACCGGGCGGACCAGACGAAGCAGCUCCCCGAGAGCGCGCAGAGCGGCGACCUGCCAGCUGCGGAGGAGGCCCGGAACACGCGCCUCCUCCGAGCCACGCGGGCCACCGCCUCGCCAGAGCCCUGCAACGACCGGGCAGGCACGCCCUGCGAUUCGGCACUGCUGGAGACGCGCCCGCGCCUCGAAGACAUGAGGGGCAACCUGACCGAGCAGAAGGGCGGCCUGAAGGCCUACGUGACGCGGGCCCAGUGCUGCAUCUCGCGGUUGCGCCGCGACAGGCGGGGGCCUCCAGCGUGCCCCAGCGAGGGCGGGGAGGCCUGCCGCAGCGGCUGCGGCGACGGGGCGGGGCUGGACACUCGGAGCCACUGCACUCUCAGGAGCCCCGCGUCGGCCAAAGGGCGCCGCGUGGGCUCUGCCCGCGGAGCGGCCCCGGCCGCCUGCCCCGGCGCACGGGUGGCCUCGGAGGCCAGGCUGCUGGAGGUCGUGGGCGUUGCGAUGUCGUUGUCGCCCAAGGUCGCGCGCCCCCUCAGGCUGUGA